UUUUUUUCUCUUCGUCAGACACUAGCUAGUCACUGCCUGCAGCAGUAAUCGGACAACUCUCGUUCUUGCUCGGAGUCUGUCUCUUGAGAUCUAGCACGGGGCUCCAUGACUUUUCACCCUUAAAAUGAAAAAGAAAAAAGUUGACUUUUAUCGCUAAUCUGCGUUUAAAACCAACUCUGAGAGAAGUUUAUUUUUUUUUUUAAACUACUUUAUUUGCUCUGGAACGGACAGACACUCAACAGAAGAUUGCAAAAAAGGGAGGAAUAAAAGAAAAAGUGCAAGGAUUCUACCAUCAUUGUAGUCUAUGGAAAUGCAGGAUCUGGCUAGUCCACACAGUCGAGUAAGUGGAAGCAGUGAGUCCCCAAACGGUCCCAACAUCGACAACUCACAUAUAAAUAACAAUUCCAUGACACCAAAUGGCACUGAAGGUGAUAACAUCACUAUGCUUACCACAGCUGACUGGUUGUUAAGUUCUAGUUCACAGUCUGCUGCAGUUAAAACAGAGCCAAUGAGCAGCAGUGAAAUCAACACCUCUGUAGCAGACGGCUCUCUAGACAGCUUCUCAGGAUCAGCCAUUGGAACCAGUGGCUUCAGCCCAAGACAAACUCACCAGUUCUCUCCCCAGAUUUACCCUUCCAACAGACCCUAUCCACACAUUCUUCCGACUCCUUCCGCCCAAAAUAUGGCCGCGUACGGACAGACGCAAUACACCACAGGAAUGCAGCAGGCUGCUGCCUAUGGCACGUACCCUCAGCCAGGACAGCCCUAUGCGAUUCCAGCCUAUGGUCCAUUGUGGGCAGGCAUCAAGACAGAGGGCGGACUGACCCAGGCUCAGUCUCCAGGCCAGAGUGGCUUCCUCAGCUACAGUUCCAGCUUCUCCACGCCUCAGACGGGACAAGCACCCUACAGUUACCAGAUGCAAGGAGGCAGUUUUACAACAACUUCAGGGCUGUACGCUGGAAGCAAUUCCCUCACAAACUCGACUGGAUUCAAUAGUACACAACAGGACUACCCCUCCUACCCAGCUUUUGGCCAGAGUCAGUAUGCGCAGUAUUACAACAGUAGCCCUUACACUUCUCCAUACAUGACCAGUAACAACACCAGCCCCACCACACCCUCCACCACUGCCACCUACACCUUACAGGAACCUCCAUCAGGGAUCACCAACCAGGCCCUCUCAGAGCAACCGGCAGGAGAGUACAGUACAAUCCACAGUCCAUCAACCCCCAUUAAAGAUUCAGAUUCAGAUCGAUUGCGUCGAGCUUCAGAUGGAAAGUCACGUGGCCGGGGAAGGAGGAAUAACAACCCCUCCCCACCUCCCGACUCUGACCUUGAGCGCGUGUUCAUUUGGGACUUGGAUGAAACAAUCAUCGUUUUCCAUUCCUUGCUCACGGGAUCUUACGCCAACAGAUUCGGAAGGGAUCCACCAACGUCAGUGUCAUUGGGACUAAGAAUGGAAGAGAUGAUCUUCAACUUGGCCGACACACAUUUCUUCUUCAACGACUUGGAGGAGUGCGAUCAGGUCCAUAUCGACGACGUGUCAUCAGACGACAAUGGGCAGGAUCUAAGUACAUAUAAUUUUAGCACAGACGGAUUCCAUGCUGCUGCCACUAGUGCCAACCUGUGUCUGGCCACCGGCGUACGAGGAGGUGUGGACUGGAUGAGAAAGCUGGCCUUCCGCUACAGACGAGUAAAAGAAAUUUACACCACCUAUAAAAAUAACGUCGGAGGUCUGCUUGGCCCGGCCAAAAGGGAAGCCUGGUUGCAAUUGCGAGCAGAAAUUGAAGCCCUGACUGACUCCUGGUUAACACUGGCUCUGAAAGCACUAACAUUAAUCCACUCAAGAUCAAACUGUGUGAACAUCUUAGUCACCACAACACAGCUCAUACCAGCCCUCGCCAAGGUCCUACUGUACGGACUGGGAGUAGUAUUUCCAAUUGAAAAUAUUUAUAGCGCCACGAAAAUAGGAAAAGAGAGCUGCUUUGAGAGAGUAAUCCAGAGGUUCGGGAGGAAAGUUGUUUAUGUGGUGGUGGGGGAUGGCGUGGAGGAGGAGCAAGGUUCGAAAAAGCACAACAUGCCUUUCUGGAGGAUCUCUAGUCACUCUGACCUCAUGGCCCUGCAUCAUGCUCUGGACCUGGAGUACUUGUAGCACUGUGACGGCCCUAUCGCUCUGUCCCAGGCCGUGCGGGGGCCCUGCAGACCCACACCCUGCGUCGCCCAAGCGUCUGCGUUCCUACAGCACCAGACCAAAAACAAAACCAUUCACAUACAUAACGUAGAGAGAGAGAGCGACAUGCUCAGCGUGUUGACACAUGGCCGCAAUUCGUCUUAACCCUAAACCUUUUUCGAAGUGGAGGAGAGUGAAUUUAUGGCAUUGCAGCUGCUGGCCCUGGUUAACUGUGAAUUGGCUUUUUUUCCGAAGCCAUCAAAAAGUUUUACAGCCCUGUGUAUGCAGGGGACUCGGCAAGGGUUCACACCUGUGACAAAAACUGAGCUACCGAUGCCUUUGGAACUCAGCAGGACUCCGAUCCCACUGCGACUUGGUGUAAUGUUUUGUCUCUUUAUGUCUCCACCGAUGGUACAAAGACAGUCGAGCACAAGCCCUAUGUUUUCCUUAUUUCGCCCUGGAUGUCCUACACUUCUUAUUUAUAAUCUUUGAGAGACUUUGCGGAGUGGCACCGACCCUGAAAAAGAGACUUGUGCCUUUUUGCAUUACAAAGUACUUUAAUUCCCCUACACCAAGAAGUUUACGGAGGAAAAAAAUGGAUUUUCUAAAUAAUUUAAAGAAAAAAUUUAACGAAACGUUAUUUACAUUGCAGAGACAAUCGUGUACAGCCAUUUUGGUGUGUGUGUGUGUGAGUGUGUAAAUUUGUAAUCACUGGACUAUUCCUUCCUAUAUUGAUUAAGGUACAUGCUGUGGAAAGCCGUUUCAUGGAAGUACGUACGUAAAGGCGUUGACGCAGUAGCUCGUGCAAAGCCUGAAAGUGUUGACGUGUUCGAGGUUUCAUUCAAUAAAUAAAUGUAGAUAAGGA